AUGAGUGCCAGUUUUCCAACCUCAACGGGGAAGGGGGAAAGUCAGGAUUGGCGGGAAGGCCUGACUUUGGACCUGGAAUAUUUCGAAUUUCCCAAUGAUGUGAUAACGGGUAUGUUGACAGGGAGAGGAAACACGAUUGCCAAGUCGCCCGGUUCGGCAUACAUUGUAGACGACAAAAACAAGAUCUCACUAUUCUUAAGAAUUUUGAUGGUGCAAGAUCAUACUGUCACGCUUAAUCGGAAGUUUGUGCAAGGGAAGGACCAUCUUGAUACCCUUUAUGACAUGGUGACCGAUCUGGCAGAGAGAGUGGACCGUGGCUUACAUCCUCUAACAGAUCAAGCUUACCGGGUAUCGCCACCACCCAUGGAGUCGGGGUUGUUCAGCGGAUUUGUAAGCACUCAAGCUCAGACCCACUCACAAGAAGACAUAGUCCCACUGCAAGCAGACGAGAUUUAA